AUGUCGGCCAGCGCCGUCUACGUGCUGGACCUGAAGGGGAAGGUGCUGAUCUGUCGCAAUUACCGUGGAGAUGUGGACAUGUCAGAGGUGGAGCACUUCAUGCCCAUCCUCAUGGAGAAGGAGGAGGAGGGAACACUUUCCCCUAUCCUAGCACACGGAGGAGUUCGUUUCAUGUGGAUUAAACACAACAACCUCUACCUUGUUGCAACCUCUAAGAAAAAUGCUUGUGUAUCACUGGUGUUUUCGUUUUUGUAUAAAGUAGUUCAGGUUUUUUCUGAAUAUUUCAAGGAGUUGGAAGAAGAGAGCAUUAGGGAUAAUUUUGUCAUUAUUUAUGAGUUGUUAGAUGAGCUUAUGGAUUUUGGUUAUCCACAAACCACUGAUAGCAAAAUUUUACAAGAAUACAUCACUCAGGAAGGUCACAAACUUGAAACUGGAGCCCCACGUCCUCCUGCCACAGUAACAAACGCUGUGUCCUGGAGAUCAGAAGGGAUAAAAUACAGGAAAAACGAGGUGUUCCUGGAUGUCAUAGAGUCUGUUAACCUUUUGGUGAGUGCCAAUGGAAACGUGUUAAGGAGUGAGAUAGUUGGAUCCAUUAAGAUGAGAGUUUUCCUGUCGGGAAUGCCAGAGCUGCGCCUGGGACUGAAUGACAAAGUUCUCUUUGAUAACACAGGCCGUGGGAAGAGUAAAUCAGUAGAACUGGAAGAUGUGAAGUUUCACCAGUGUGUUCGUCUCUCUCGCUUUGAAAACGACAGGACAAUCUCUUUCAUCCCUCCUGAUGGAGAGUUUGAGCUCAUGUCCUAUCGUCUGAACACCCAC